AUGUCUGCACAGAAGCCUUCAUAUGUUCUCGUCACCGGCGCCACAGGAUUCAUCGGCGCUCAUGUCGUCGAUAACCUCUUGGCUCGCGGAUUUUCAGUCCGGGGAUCAACAAGAUCCAAGGCAAAGGGAGAUCAGAUGAAGGCAGCGCGUCCUCAAUAUGCCUCUCAGCUCGAUUGGGUCGUUGUAGAAGACUUCACCAAGAUCGGAGUGUUCGAUUCUGUGAUGGAUGGCAUUGAUGCAGUCAUCCAUGUAGCAAGUCCAUUCUUCUACGACACAACAAAUAACGAACAAGAACUCGUCCUACCAGCAAUCAACGGCGUGAAAUCUAUCCUUUCAGCCUCAGCCAAACAAGGUUCAAACAUUAAGCGUGUCGUCAUGACCUCCUCCUUCGCCGCCGUAGUGGACGUGAACACAACCCCACCAGCAGGCUUCACCUACACAGCAGCCGACUGGAAUCCCCUAACAUACGAAACCUCAAUCUCCCCAGAAUCAAACUCAGUAGUCGCAUACCGCGGCUCGAAGAAAUUCGCCGAAAAAGCAGCCUGGGACUUUGUGCGGGACCAAAAAACCUCCUUCGACCUAGUAACUCUCUGCCCACCAAUGGUCUUCGGCCCAGUCGUGCACCCAGUGCCUACCGUGGCACAACUCAACGAAUCCAACUCCGUCCUCUGGAGUGUAGCAGCCGGCGCGGACCCUUUACCUGGUGCUCGAGUCCCUGCUUGGAUUGAUGCGCGCGAUCUUGCAGAGGCGCAUGUUCAAGCGUUGCUUACUCCCGAGGCAGGGGGAAAGAGGUUUAUUCCUGCUUCGUCGGAGCCAUUCUCUUAUGAGCUUGCGGCGGAUAUUAUUCGGGGGGAGUUUGAGUGGGGCAAGAAGAGUGUUACUGGAAACUAUAAGAUGGGCGAGAAGCCGGUUGCUUCUUAUGGGGUUGAUGGGGAGACUGUGAGCAAGGAAUUGGGGGUUGAGUAUCGACCUUUUAGGGAGACUGUUGUUGAUUUGGUGGGGCAGAUUAAGGCGCUUGCUUAG